AUCGGCGCGAGCGCAAGUGAGAGUUGGUUGGUUAUACAGGGGGGGUCCCCGCUCUGUCGGGUCGCGUGCUCCAGGCCGGGAUUCCAGAGACAAUGCAGAAACCAGCGCUACAGAACAUUCAGAAUGUUACCCUGAGCCUCACCCUGCCCAUCUCGUGUCAGAUCUGCUUGGGGAAGGUUCGUCAACCAGUCAUCUGUUCGAACAACCAUGUUUUCUGUUUCAUGUGUAUGCGGUCUUGGCUGAAAAACAGUACCCAGUGCCCAACUUGUAGAAUUCCAAUCACAUCUGAAAACCCUUUCAAGGAAGUGCUCGGUGGAACAGAUGGAACAGAAAAUUGUGACAGUCCAUCAGUUAAGCGACACCUUCGAAAAACCAGGCUGGAUCUACUACAUAGAGAAUAUGAGGAGGAAAUUGAAUCCCUGCAGAAAGAAAUUGAAGAUCUUCGUGGCAAAAACCUGAGCCUGGAAUCGCAGCUACAAGCUGUCUUUGAUAUGAGAACACUGCCACCUUCUAACAAAGCCGAUAACCAAAAGCAAAGCCCAACUGAACAGGACAGCGUACCUGACUUAAUCAGUCCGCAGGAAUGGAGGGCCAAGUUAAAAGCCGCUACAGAAAUCUAUGAGAAAACGAAAGUAGACUUGGAUAAACUUAAAGAAGCAAAUCGAAAGCUUCGUGUUCAAAAUGGUGAUCUUGUGAGAGAGAAUUUGCAUCUGAAGGCUGAGAUUGACAGCCGAUCUCCACAAAAAUUUGGACGGUUCACAGUGGCUGCUCUUCAGUCGAAGGUGGAACAGUAUGAACGUGAGAUGAGUCGUCUAAAAAGGGCUUUGGAGCGGAGUGACAAGUACAUCGAAGAUAUGGAGCUCCAGAUUGAACAACUGAAGGGAAAGAGGGAGGAGAAGGAGAACGAGGUUGGGAAAUUUAGUCCAGAAUUACCAUCUACUUCACUGCUUGGUGGAGAAAAUAGAAGCAGUAGAGAACUGUGGAAGUGUUCUGAUGAUACCAAGGAGAACAGGAUCAUAGCCAUGAGAAGAAGCCUCACAAAUAUCGAGCAGCCAUUAGUUAACCAGUUAGAUGGUGUCAUGUCAACUGCUUUUAAUAUGGCUUAUCAGCAAAAUUUACGUGGAACAAUGACAAAUUUUGCUCCAGUGAACAGGGUCCUGGCUGAUAAUGGACUUCUAACCACUGCUCCUGUUGAGGAUGAUGCUUUGUGUUUGUCCCAGAGAAGUAAUAAGAAGGAAGAUGGGCAUUCUGCAGCUGCAGAUGAGAGUGAGGUACAGUUUGAACUUCCUAGUCCUUGUACUCCAUCGACAUCACUUGGUGCUCUCCACCUUCAGAGUACAGAUGACGAAGUAAGUCCCCUGAUGAAAAGGAGACAUGAAAGAAAGAAGUCGACUCACUUAAGAAAGCUUUGUUUUGAUGAUGCUCAUUUGAGAAAUGUGUGUUCUGAAGAGCAAAAAGUAUCGCAGCCAAAGGUUGACUGCAACAUUGUACAGAGUACAGAGUUCUCCUCCAAUAGCCUGAUGUUUUGGGAUACGUGUCAAUCUCAUUCAACUGAAAGUAUCCAUAAAGGCACUCAAAAGAAGAGCUUACAGACUUCUCACGGUGAAGAAGUACUCUUGGACAAAGCAAAGAACAAAGUGCCAUAUUUAACCAGUAGCCCAGGUAUUAAUGAAACUUGUUUUCCUCAAUGCGGCAAUGUACGCUCAAGAACAUCCAGUGAGACCUCAAUGGAUGCAGCUUACCGGGAAAAGAUAUCUGAGCUGGACUUCAUGUUGGAUGAGUCGGAGAACAUCCAAAAUCCUCAGUCCUCUCUGCAAUCUGAAGACCACUCUGACCUUGACCUCUCUUUAACAGCGGAACUGGCACAGUGCACUGAACUUUUGAAUGAAGCUGAGAAAAGAUUAGAGCAGAAGAUACAACAGAAACAGCCGCGGGCUCCUCCCUCAGACACCAGGGAUAUGAUUGCAAAUACUGAAGGGCAAAGUCUGGUUCCAUUGCCCAUAGAGCCUCCUGUUGUUUUAAACAUUGCAGAAGAAUCAGUGUCUUCAGAAGAGAAAACAUCUUUUCAGAGUAGUUUUAGUUCCCCUUUUCUUUCAGUAUCGUCUGACCUAUCCAACUUGCAACAAAAUAAACUGUCGUUAUGGAACAGCUGUUUAACAUCUGAAAGUGAAAAAUCGCAGGAAGCAACCAAUAGGUGCCAGACUACUAAAAGAAAACCACAGUGUUGUGGCGAAGAGUUAUCCAGUCCAUCUAAAUCAUUAAGAAAAGACUUCUAAAUCGAAACUCUUGCUACAGUUAAAUUUAUUUUUCUCUCUACAUUUUGAAACCAUCUAAUCAUCGUCAUAAUUUCUAUCCUUUUGUUCUAAGUCCAAUCUUAAGUAUCAUUUAGCACAGCUAAAAAGUACAGUGUAACAAAAGCCAGUGGGGACAGUAUUUUGGCUGCUGCAUUCAACCUCCCAUAUUUACUACUUGUUAAAUGGGCAGAGAAGUCCAUGUUUCUGGAGAGGGCAGAAGCAAAGUGCCUGGCCUUGUUUGUCAACCACACACUGCUGUGACUUGACUUUGUUCCUGAUGUCAUGUUUGUCUAACAAUAAAGAUACCUUGUUUUCGGUUUUUAGGGCGCCAAUAUGCAAGCAGAUCAGUCCCUUUUUCCUGUUGGUUUAGAAGUGGAAUACGAAUUAGUUAAAUAUAUGAAGGAAUUGGAAGGUUGUUGCAGUGAAUGCAAUUGAGGGAGAACAAAUGCAGUAGCAACAGCUUGGGUGAUGUACCUCAAAAAUAGCUGAGGAGAUAUAGAUGGACAUCUAAGUGAUUAAGAUGGCAUGUUUGUCCUUUAGCUCACUAUAGCUGCAAUGUAAAAUGAUGAGCAAAUGCUAAAGAUUGGUUGGGGGGAAAGGGUGGAGGAGAAUAAGCAUAUUAAUAAAUUUUUUGUGCUUGUUUUUUUGUAUUCAGCUCAUUAAUGGAGUUGGAAAGCUACCCACAGUAUCACUUCAAGUAUAAGUUACCAUUUUGUUAAAUUUGGUAAAGUUCUAAACAAAACUCUUUCAGAUGUAGCACCCAGUGGAGUUUGUUCUGAUUUGAGAUGUGUAGCAUUUGACAGUGCUUAAUUUGCACAUCACACUCACCAGUGUGCUUCAGAGAGUGUAAUUCUUAAAAAGCAGUAAACAUUUGGACCAUGAGGUGAAAUGAAGAGCAGCCCACUGUUGUAAUUAUGCUGUAGGCAUCCUUCAUGUGUGUAGUUUUCAACUUGAUAAUGAAUCAAAAAAUGUUAGCAUGUUAUGAACUUUUCAGUGGGUAACUUUAAUUGGUAAAGGAUGCCUCACAGAGCAAAGGACUUACUUUUGAGCAGUGAGAGAUUGAGGUUAGUUCAUCCUUCAGUCAGCCACAGGGAAGUGCUAUUGGUGACAGUUAAGGGUAUCUGUGACUCAUCUGCCGAUGAUAUGAUCAUGACUGUGCACCCAAGCAAAGGAAGGGGAGAGGAUGGUUUUCUGCAAUGUAAGGAGACUUCUUUUCAACAAAGUAGACUCUUUACAGCAGAGAACUUAGCAAGAGAUCACCUCUUUAUUCAUUUCUAUUUCCUUCAGUGAUAUACGAAUGAAUGUGUUGUGAUACAGUCUGCGUUUUAUUUUUUUUGAUUCAUCGUUUAAAUCAUCGUGAUAAAAUACUUGAGAGAAAAAAGAAUGUUUAAUUGUUUGUCUUGUGCAUAAGAAAUAAAUGUUCGCUGACUUGA